GAAACCGCCAGAUAUGUCUUGUACCGGAACAUCGAUGGCAAUAUGAGGAUCCGGCAUUCUUUGCGAGAAGGGAUAUCGGCAUCAACACACUGCUUCUUUGGAUACUUCCCAAGGCGUGGCCAUACCGAUCUGUGGUUCUUGCCCAAGGCAGCUCCGAUGCCAUCCGGAUUGUGCGUAUUCAGUCAACAGACAGGAGCUGCUGAAUCAGGCCCUCAAACCCCGCGUACCGCAGCAGGCGGGGGAAUUCAUCUCGAAGCCAUUUGCCAUGCCGUCAAUCGGGGACUGAACAGUGGCAGGGAUGUUCACCUAGAAGGCUGCCAGGUAGAGGGUGAGACAACCGAUGACACAAGACCUCUCAACGAGGAAAUGGAAAGCCUCCUAUCCCUCGUCGAGAUUGCCAGACUUGGGUUUAGUCUUGUGACGACUGAAGAGAAUGCCGAGUUUGAGUUCGACAUCGGCGAGAGGGACACGAAAAGAGCAUCCGACAGCUCUGUAAGACCCUUUGCGACGUCUAUCGGCUUUGAGGUUCUCAUCCGACCAGAUCCAGAUGACAAUCCUAUCCGCCCUCUGGCCAACGAUGCGCGCUAUCACUUCAAAAACCAGGUUUUCGGAGGAAGGAAAGAGAAUGGGCUAUUUUCAUCCACGAGCAACGGCGGAUUGGUUUCUGGACUUCGCCUGGUCAAGCGCCAUCAUCCACCAAAUGUAUCGGUGGUUCCAGACCCGCAUCCUGGAGCCGAGGCGGAGGUCGUUGGGAACCACAGAAGUCCGGGAGCAGCACAACUUGGAGGGACUGGACCAGCUUCCGCACGAGAGGCGGUGUCUCGUGAGAUAGCGCGCGAUAUCUGUGAGGAUGGUCGGCACCCCGAGCUCCAGCAGCAGGAAAUCUCUGAACUGGGGCAGCGACGGGGACAGGCAGACUCACAGCUGGAGGAGCUACUGAGAAGUGCGGGACGGAGCCGAGUCCGACAUGACCGGAUGCAGCGACGCCACGAGGAAGGGAGAAGCCCUCGGAGACGCAGGAUCUCCGAGUAUGGCAAGCAAAAGAAUGCUGUCUCUGCUACCGGUCAGGGUCUUCCCACAAACCCCGUCAAAGGCAUCCGAGGCAGGGUUUACCGUAGCCGCAUAAGCCGUUCGAGUUCCGAAGCCGGUGGCAACCCCCAGACCUGGCGGUCCGAAAAGGAGUCUAGCCCUCAACAGCAAGCAACCUCCUGCUGGAAAAUGCGGCAGGAGGCUCUCGCAGCUUUAGAGGGGCGGAUACGGACUUCGGCCGAAACGAAGGAUGCAAAAGAAAAGCGAGCGGGCGAUCAACCGGAUGGUUUUCAUCGAGUACCGCCCUCGCCGAGCAUGAUGAGGGUUCUCUCUCACAUGAGAGGAAAGAAAACAAGUUCAGGUACCUAUUUGUGAAGUAGGGGCUGGCGUCUGGCCGUAGAGUAUUGGCGUAUUUUUUACUCGGUAUGUCUUCACUUACAUGGCCUCACAGUGGCAGGAGCGAAAUGGUAUCGGCAAUGACGUGGGAAACAACAAAGCCAUACGCCCCUGACGAUGUUGUUGAGUGUUUGCAGCUCACCGGCGUAAAGAAAUCGACGUCUUCGCCUACUGAUGACAUUCAACCCCUGACCUCAUUGCAAAUGAGCAACUUCUCUUUGUACGUGA